GCAUGGGUGGAUCUAUUAAAUAUUUUUCAUUGUAUCAGUAUUUUAAAUGAUGACUUAAAGCGUUGAACACAAAUGAGACUUUGUCUUUUAGAGAAAACAAGAUUUGGAAAGCAUUAUAGCUUAUUAUACCCAACUAUAGCUAGAACAACCCAUGAAGAUAACCCAAAAAGCCCCAAAACCCCGGAGCUCCCAGCUCCCUUUUAAUAAUCAAUAAUUGGUAAAUUUGAUUUGAAAAAUCAAGGCGAAAAAAUCAUGUGAGCGAUUUAGGUCAAAUAUACGUUUUGUUUUGUUUAGCCUAGUUAAAAAAGAAAAGAAAAAAACCGCGGUAUAUCCCCCCCUCCCCAAAAAAACACCCUAGCCCCAACAGCCACCGAUUAAUGAAUCUCGAGUGUGUAAUCAGGUGGGGUUGUAUUCAUGAGUUAUUUUGGUAGAAACGCAAUAUCUAUAUAUUUCUAUCAAUGCCUUGCUGAAAUCGUGGUGCAACACCAUGAUGUAACGUCUAUGAAACGAAAAUCGCGGAGGGAUAUCUCUAUUAAUCUUAAUAAAAAAGAGUUUUCAGAUUGUUUUAGUGUAUUUAAAAUUAAUAAGUGUAUUUUGUUUAAAUUUGAAAAUAUGAUAUUUAAACUGGACUCGACCUCAAUACAAUAAAUCAAUCAUUUGCAUGCAUAAUUAUUUUAUCGCGCAAAGAUACAGUUGUUCGACCUCACCGGAAGUUUACGAAUGUUGCUAACAUGUUGUGACAUACUUAUGUAAAUAAAAGUUGCACGAACAUUAGACGCUCAUGAAGAAGGAAACACGACGCUGAACGAAGGACACCUAGCGAAGUAAUCUAGGCCACCGUUGUGUUCCAAGAUAGAUUAAUACUUUAAAAAAAAAAAAAAACGAAGAAAAAAUGCCGCGAGGGAGGGGGCGUGGUCGUGGUCGUGGCCGUGGAGGCCAUCGCAGGGGUGGAGGACGAUCCCAGGGGAGAGGAAAUCGGACCCCGAAACCCGUCACGGAGAAGGAGGGACCAGUAGAAGUGAGUUUGGAGACAAACCCCCAAGGUUAUUUCACGGGGAAUGUUACUGUUGAGCAGCAUCACAACGGACAAAAUGAAAAUCGAGAGAGAUACGCAGCGACGAUGGCAGUGUUGCAGGAAAAUGGGGUGGAAAUUGCACAAAAUGCUCGCAUUCGAGCACUGGCGGCAGCCUGGGCGAGGAAAGAUUUCCAAUUGGCAGAAUCCUUCCUGGAAAACCGAGACAACUUUGGUCUGAACGAGGUUCUGAAAGCACUACAGCUUCUAGAUGCUGGGCGUCAGGCAAGGGUGCUGGAAAAGAAGAUGAAAAUGCUGCAGGUGUCCAAAAACAAAGUCAAAGCCAAAACCAUAGGGAAACUCAAGUCUGACAUAGAUAACUUGAACAAGAUGAAAUCAGCUUAUGGCUCUGCUAGUGGUGCUGUUUGCAAGCACAUCCGAAGAUGGGUGCAACGUUUCACCGCAAAGGAGCUGGAGUUUUAUGCCAUCCAUUUUCCUAAAGACCCAUGGAAGAAACUAGCAGAUAUCUGCCACUUUCACCCCCAGAAGGACUUCCCAUCCUUGGAGUGGUUUUUGCCUUACUGCUAUGGACAAGGCCCGCCUCCUGACACCACCGUGGGCCGCAUGAUGACAUUAACCGCUGAUAAUGUCAACGAAAUGUUGGUGGAUUUGUCCAUUCCAUACCUGUCUGUGAAGGCACACAAGGACAAACUGACCAAUGCUUCCAAGGGCCUCAUUGCAGAGCGGGAAGAUAAACUAGACACAAUCCUCUGGUGGUAUGAGGAACUGACAUGCUUGGAGGUUGAUGAUGUAAUACAAAGGCGGCUGGAGAACGGUGACCCUGUGACCUUGCCAAUCGGGAAACUCUUGGAGAGGCUGCUAGUCUUUAAGCAGCUGUUCGACCAGAGUUCUGACGGAGAACGAAAGGCCAAGUUUUAUGGUGACCUUCUGAAGAUAGCUGAAGAUCGUCUGAAACAGAUCAAACUUCCUCUGGAGUCCCCAGUCCUAGUGAUGGGCGAUGCUUCCUCAUCCAUGUCCGUGGCGGUAAAGACUAGCACCAUCAUCGCGGGAAUUCUGACCGCUAUAACCUCCGCCAAACUCUCCUUCUUUAACAACACAUACAAGGAGCCAGAAAAAGUCCCUACCAAUGUAGAAGAGGUACUGGAGCUAGCUUUGACUACUCCAGCUAAUGGGUGUACAGCAAAUGCUGCCAGCUUGUAUCCAUACUACGAGAGAAAAGAAGUCAUGAAGACACUCUUCAUGGUCACUGAUGAAGAAGAGAAUACAAACUUCCAAAACUUCAGAUUCAAGGAGUUGUACAAGAAGUACUGUGAGGAGGUGUACCCAGCUAAACUGGUGUUUGUGUCGUUUUUGUACAACCAGCAUUCUAAAGGUCAGAUGGUCUCAGAGUUUCAAGAGGAUGGAAUUGAUGUCAUGCAGUUUGUGUUCCAUCGAUCCCAACCAGAUCUGACAAAACUGGACAAGCUGUUUGGUUUGCUGUCAGCAGAGACACAGUCAUUUGAGGAUCAGAUUAAGACAACAGAGGAGGCGGUUAAGACAGAGGGCGUGAGCAAGGUGUUCAAAGAGCUGAAGGUCAACCAAGGCUAAAUGGACUGUCUCACUCAAGUGCAAUAACUGUAAAUGUGGUUUCUGUGAUAUGUUUAACUGUUGUGUUAUGAUUGGGGUGAGGUUUUUACAUUAGUAUACAUGAGAUAUCUCCCGGAUCAGCCGGGAAGUUCCCUGAAUCAAGCAUCCUAAACAUUUCUCCUGUGGAAGUCGAUAAAAUCCCGGGUUCUCAUCAAGACCAAAAUCAAAAAAUUCCAUUUCUUAGAGAAUCCAGUCCUUGGAUGACUCCGAUUGGCAGGAUUUAUGACACACAAUAAUGAUCAGUGGCAUGUGUUUGUACUGUGCAUUAAUCUAAAUUGUUAAGAUUGUCAAAGAUCAGUAUGUUUACCUUCUGUUUCUCAGGGCCUUUCAUGUUAACUUGAAUUAUAGAUGUAUACAACGUCCCCUAGAUACUACUUUUUAGACCCUGAUUACGGACACCAUAUUUAUUUUGAUUAAUUAUUUAAGGUCCUGACUAAUGGACUUAUACAUUGUACUUAACGAAUCUUUCAAAUGAAUCUGUAGAUUUAGAACAAUGAAUCACAAAUACAUAUUGAAAUCAGUUGAUAGCAAAAUAUAUUGCAGGAUAAUAGAAUUUAUUCUUUUGUGCAAUUAUGAACUAAUUCAUUAUUUAAAUGUAAAUUAAGAUACGACAAUAGUAGAAAAAUUGCUAAAAUAUUAUGUCUAUAUGCAAAUUCAUUAAAAUGAUAAUCAAGAGAGUCAGUUCUCCAGAGUUAUUGCUAAAUACCUCAACAACAGAAAUACUGUUGAUAAAAUCUGUUCAGGAAAUGACCCCUACCCCAGUCUGCAGCAUUUUGGAGGUCUGUCGUUGGAUCCUUCUUUUUUCACAUGACUAUGCCUUGGAUGUUUAACUGUGCAUAAUACUUUAAUUUUGAAGAUUUCUGUGAUAUUUUAUUUCUCUGUUAAAGAUGACAUUAUAUAUGUUAUUUAUGUUUACUAGUGUAAAUAGUUAAAUUGUGCUAACUGUUCGAUUUUUAUCAAUUGUGCAAUAUGAGUCUGUGUAGUUGUAAGUUGACUGUUAAAUGCUUUUAGAUUUUUGUUUUUAUCACAGAUGUAUGAAUAUGGUAAUUGAUAGACUUUUUUUUAUUAAAAUGAAUGCAAAUUUGAUAAA